AUGGCUGCGAACAAAAGGCCUCCAGAGGAUGAUUCAAAGCUACCAACUUACAAGCUGGUAGUGAUUGGCGAAGGCGGCGUUGGGAAAUCCUCUCUGACAAUCCAGUUUUUUCAGAAGCAGUUUGUUGACUAUUAUGAUCCGACGAUUGAAGAUCAAUACAUACAUCACUGUGAAGUUGAUGGACAGUGGGUGAUUAUGGAUGUUUUGGAUACUGCUGGACAAGAAGAAUUUUCUGCAAUGAGGGAACAAUAUAUGAGGAGUGGUCGGGGAUUCCUGCUGGUUUAUUCUGUAACAGACUCCCGUAGUUUUGAAGAAGCACCAAAAUUGUAUGAGCAGGUUUUGAGAGUGAAGGACAAAACAGAGUAUCCUGUUCUGCUAGUGGCCAAUAAGAUCGAUUUAGUGAGCCAGAGGAAGAUCACUGAACAACAAGGUAGAGAGCUUGCUGAUCGUUUAAAAGUUCCUUAUAUUGAAACCUCUGCUAAAGAUCCUCCUGUAAACGUUGAUGCUGCUUUCCAUGAAUUAGUUCGCAUUGUGAAAAGCUUUCCUUUGGAUGAGGAUGGUGAUAAGGUUUGUUUCACUCUUGACCACCACUAG